CGGUCGCAGCCUUUCGCCUUCUCGUGAGCUGCUCAGUCGCGGAUCCUACGCCAUUGCAGCCAUGGAGGUGAGCACCGAGACCUCCAGCGAGACCGUCUACAAGAUCAUCAUGAUCGGGUCCGGCGCCGUCGGAAAGACCAAUCUCAUUGGUGUCGGCGCGCGCGGCGCCCAGUUCAACGACAUGAGUCCCAUGACCACCAACCCCGAGUUUGCCACUGUCAAGGUCAAGCGACCGGACUGGAAGCCUGGCCAGGCGCAUCAGUACAUCACCGCGCAUCUCUGGGACACGGCCGGCCAAGAGCGGUACCAAGCAAUCUCGGCGUCCCACUACCGCCGCGUCAACGGCGCCAUUAUGGUCUACGAUGUGACCAACAAACAGUCGUUCCGAGAGGUCUCUCCUGGUGUCUCCCACUCAACGCUGUGCUGGCUACGUGCCCUCAAGCAAAACGCCGACCCGGACCUCCUCGGGGCCGUCAUGCUCAUGGAGAACAAGUCGGACUUGCUCAAGAACGGCGAGCCACGGCCGCCGUCGUAUGUGCAAGAGGCCGACGUCGACAAGCUGCUGCUGGAUGUGGUUUACAAGGACCCGCCGACGGGCCUCGGCUGGCUCCACGAUGCCCCGCCUGCGGACGUGCACGCCUACCGCGUCGCAAAUGCGCUCAUGUUUGCGCGGUCGUCGGCCAUGACCAACGACUGUGAGCUCUUUGAGCUCAACGAACGCAAAGCGGCCACGGUCCAUGAAAUGUUUCAACAGCAAAGCGAUGCGAUUGGCUACGAAAAAACCGAUACCGUCACGAGCGUCACGCACGCGAUCGAAGCGCUCGUGUUGCGCAUCUACGAACGCUCCAAAGACAUGAACGCGAAUGGCUCCAAGGUCAAAGGCCGGCCGUUCAAGAUCGUGCCCAAGCCCAAGCACGAGGAAGUUAGCGAAGCGUGUUGCUCAUAAAUGCAACUUUUCUGCGUC